GGGGGUGGGACUUGGCGGGAGCCUCCCGGCCUCCAGUGCCAAUCUGGAGGUCUCCCCGGAAGCCACCGGAAGCGAGGACCAGCGCCAGGACCCCGCGCCUCUGUAGCCUGGCAUGUGGCCCAUGGACGCCAGAGCUCCGGGGUCCCGGACUGCCCCCAGCAGCGGUUCCGGGUCCUGGGCGCUGGCGGGGGGCUCUGGCUGCGCCCCCGCCCCGCUCCCCAGGCUGCAGCACCCCUCUCACGAGCUCUUGAAGGAGAACGGCUUCACGCAGCAGGUUUACCACAAGUACCACCGCCGCUGUCUGAGCGAGAGAAGAUGGCUGGGGGCCGGGCAGUCCCAGGAGAUGAACACGCUGUUCCGCUUCUGGUCCUUCUUCCUCCGCGACCACUUCAACAAGAAGAUGUACGAGGAGUUCCGGCAGCUGGCUUGGGAAGACGCCAAAGAGAACCACAGGUACGGCUUGGAAUGCCUGUUCAGGUUCUACAGCUAUGGGCUGGAGAAGAAGUUCCGGGAAGAGAUCUUUAAGGAUUUUCAGGAGGAGACCAAGAAGGAUUAUGAGUCGGGACAGCUGUACGGCUUGGAGAAGUUCUGGGCUUACCUGAAAUACUCGAGGGCCAAGAUGCUGUGUGUGGACCCCAAACUCCAGGAGUACCUCUAUGGCUUCAAGAGGCUGGAGGACUUCCGGGGGGAGGUAGGCUCCUCGCCCCGCCACCCCCCCCCCCCGCCACUUUCUUGGCUUCAGUGAUUGGCUUUUUAUUUUCUUCUAUUCUAUUUACUCAGGUAUGUAUCUAUUGGACAGAGACAGGAAGAAGUAGGGGGAGAGACAGAGAGCCACUGCAGCCCUGCUUCACUGCUCACGAAGCUUCCUCCCUGCAGCUGGGGGCUGCGGGUCUGAGCCCGCGUCCUGGCGCAUGGGAGCACGCGUGCUUGGCUAGGUGAGCCGCCGCCAGCUCCCACACUGUCCUGACACUGUCGGUGUCUGGUUUUGAAACCACUCGUCAGACCAGGUGCACAGCGGACUGUGACUCAGCUGACUGCACAGG